AUGCUGAUACUUCUAAUACUUUCUCCAUUGGUAAGGGGAGCAUCUCUGCAGAGAACCACCAGCUCUGCUCCAAGGCUUUUUCUGCCAGGAUGGGUUCCUAAUGCUUGUACAUUAGUUAUAUGUGCAUCUGCUGAGACCAGACCAAAAGGAGAAGAGGGAGAUCAAGGAUUACCAAUACCCCAAGGACUACAGGGAAAUCUAAUGCAACUAUUUUCUCAUUCAGAGCUGGAAAGCCUUAAAACACAAAUAAGGGGCUUGGAAACAGAGUUGGAGGGUUUGAAAUCUGCCAUCACCAAAACUCAAAAAGUUCUCCUUGCCCCCAACGGCGUGAUGGUUGGUGAGAAGGUAUUCAAAACAGAUGGAUCCAGAGGUGAUUAUGAUGCUGCGCGUGAGACCUGCUUGCGCAUGGGUGGCGCACUUGCCUCCCCAAGGAAUGCGGCAGAGAACAGCGCCCUGCAAAAAAUAGUGACCUGGUAUAACAGAAGAGCAGUCCUUGGGAUCAAUGACAUGGCGACAGAAGGCAGGUUUGAGUACCUGAAUGGUGACGUCAUUGGGUACUCUAACUGGGCCCCAGGAGAACCAAAUAAUCUUGGCAACGAGGACUGUGUAGAAAUGCAUCAAGAUGGCAAAUGGCAUGACAGAGGCUGCACACUUGAGUGGUUAGUCAUUUGUGAAUUCUAAAAUCAGGAGGUGCAGGGGUGGCCAUGUUUGUGAGGUGAAGGAAUAGUUUGUUCUAAUUCUUUCAAAAUUCAGUACCCCUCUAGCCUGAACAGUAAGUUGCGCAAGUGAUAUUCAAGAUGCUACUUUCCUUUACCUGACUGUGUGCAGAAAGAAUAUGGCAAAUUUAAUGUGAGGCUUGUGAUUUCUAGUAAAGCAUGUCCAAGAAUAAAAAAUACAUGCUAUGAGUACGCAGACAUUCAGGCAACAUCCAUCCCCAUGGUAACAACAAGGAAACUACACUGGAACGCCCACAUGCCUUUUCAACCAGUCCCAAAAAUGCAAAACUGCCAUUUUCUUCUCUAUAGCCCAAUUCAAGGAAUUGUUCCUCACCUGCACAAGAACAUAUAACAAAGGCUACUCCAGCUCAGACCAUGGCGUAACUUCAUAAGGCGCUCAAGGAAUCGUACCAGUGAUUCUAGUAUUCAGAUUCAGGAAUGUUGCUCUCUGUACCAGCACAGGAGCUUGCUGAAGAAAGAAAUAGCAGAGCAACAACACUCACCAUCAUUUCAGGUGGUCAGCGGUAAUUGUAGCUACCAACACAAGAGGCCAAAAGACUUCCAGUUGAUCGCAUAAGGCUACUGACUCUGACAUUUCUUCCAGGUUUGCGCUAUUUGUUUCUCAGACAUAGGU